AUGGAACAGCAACCUUUUCUACCUACUGGUACAGUUUCUUUCUUGUGGGUAUCCUUAACAUAUGUGUUCACAUUCCACUUUCAGUCUUACUACUUUGACCGUGAUGAUGUGGCUUUGAAGAACUUUGCCAAAUAUUUUCUGCACCAAUCUCAGGAGGAGAGGGAACAUGCCGAGAAACUAAUGAAGCUGCAGAACCAACGAGGUGGCCGAAUCUUCCUUCAGGAUAUCAAGAAACCAGACCGUGAUGACUGGGAGAGUGGGCUCAAUGCAAUGGAAUGUGCUUUGCACUUGGAGAAAAGUGUGAACCAGUCACUUCUGGAACUGCACAAACUGGCCACUGACAAAAAUGACCCCCACUUGUGUGACUUCAUUGAGACUCAUUACCUGAAUGAGCAGGUGAAAUCCAUCAAAGAAUUGGGUGACCAUGUAACUAACUUGCGCAAGAUGGGAGCCCCAGAAUCGGGCAUGGCAGAGUAUCUCUUUGACAAGCACACCCUGGGAGACAGUGAUAACGAGAGCUAAACCUCAGCCUGACUUUCCCAUAGCCGUGCAAGUGACUUCCCUGGUCACCAAGGCAGUGCAUGCAUAUUGGGGUUACCUAUACCUUUUCUAUAAGUUGUACCAAAACAUCCACUUAUGAUCUUUAAUUUGUACCAUUCCUUCAAAUAAAGAAAUUUGGUACCCA